AUGCAUAUUUUUGCUGGCAGUGGUAACAGCGCCGUUGUGUAUGACGUAUACCAGUGGAACAGUGUGGAUGCGCUGAUCAGCGGGACGCUGCAGCGCGGCGUCGUCAUCGGUCUGGCCACUGCGGGUGACGGGACGCCGGGCGUACUGAUUGACCUGGACUGUCCGCAGCGGCAUUGCGAGUUCGUCGAGUACGGCAGCAUCUUCCGCUGCCCGUGCCCGGUCCCGGGGUCCUGGAAGCGCUGGAAGGAGCCUGCGUUGGCCGAGAGCCAUCCUCUGCAGGCGUUGCUGCGUGUCGGUGGAGACCGUGCCUGGACGUGGUGGCCGGCCAAACUAGCACUACUAGCGGACGCCCAGCUGCGUAAAGCGUCGUGCAGCCAUAUCGAGUGUGGUCUGGUGGAGGUGCAGUGGGGCGAUGCGGUAACGGUAACGAAGGAAUUAAUUCCGCUGAAUCAGAUCCGUGGUGCGCCUGACGAUCUGAAGGGGCGCCGCGUGGGACAAGAUUACUUUGCCAGCUCCGAAUGCCGUCUGCCCAGCGGAUACUGGUCCGCGCCCGCGGGGGCAACGCGACUGCUGUGGCAGAAGAUUAGCCAUAACUUUAGCGCCUGCUGCAUUACCAUACGCAGUGAGACUUUCACGUAUUUCCAGCGCAAUGAAGAACUGCCUAUUUCACCUGUAUCAUUGGAUAGCACUUUUGACUAUAUUGUACGGCACCAGUCUGCGCUGUACACCGACCGCAGCGAUAACGGAGAACGCCAAGAAAGCAAAUGGGACCGCUCCGUUCUCCCUUUAAGGAAAGUCAAAGCUCCGCCCACCGAAGAGCACCGAACGAGUCGCGGCAUCCCCUUACCACGCGAAAUAUUGGCGGAAAUCUUUCAGUCCCUGGACAGCAUCGAGCGGGUCCGCAAGCGGCGCGUCUGCCGUCUCUGGGAGGCCAUGCUGGAUGCGAAUGCGACCGGCAAGCAUCUGUGGAUCGCCUGCCGGCAUCCCUUCCUUCAGAACCGUUGGUUGGAGGGGGAGCAGUUUGUACUGGCUGUCUGCAUGCUCAGGGGCGCCACAUCUACCACGGACACGAUCGUAUUGGAGGAUUCGAAGGAGUUAGCCUACUUUUCGCGGGACGUGUUUGGAUUGCUAACCGAUCUCUUGCAGCAGCAGCGCAUUACGACGCUGGUCCUGUCCCGGUGCGUUUUCAGCGAUCACGAUUUUGAAUAUGAGGACUACAUGGAGAAGGAUUACCUGGACUGGAUCAAUGAUCUCCUGUCCGCGAUGGCCGCGACGUGCCGUGUGGUGGUGUGGCGCAACUGUCCGCUGACGAUGCUGACGAACAGCGUGCAGGUGACCUAUGUUAAGCUCCGUCUGCUGGAUGCGCCCGCACACCGAUUGACGCAGUUGUGGGAUGUCUAUGAAAGGUCACUGGUGUCCCAUGGAGUGGUCGGUCACCGUCGGUGUGCCGCGGCUUGCCGCGUGACGGGCGCGUUGUCAUCCUUCGGGUGUUGGCACGAAUGUGCAGGCGCUGAUCCACGCACCGCGCGUGGAGUGACUACUGUGGACGAUGGAUAAUCAGGAUUUAUUCAGUCGGUCGAAAGUGACGCAGUUGACCUUGUGCUGGUGCCUGUCUAGCUGAUGCCGUUUCAGCGAUCGCGCAGUCUACACAUACUCGGUGUUUUUUAUACUUUCUGUAUUUGCGACGCUUCCAGACUUU